GCAGCCAUGGCCACCAGAAGCGGCCCACCGGCCGUGCUAGCGCUCCUGUGCGCGGCGGCGUUCUUGUCAGCUCCGACGAGCGCCGAAGAAGCGAGAGAGGUGGCUGGCGGGGAAGGCCGCGGCCACUUGCUGGUGCCGUUCCACCAGGCGAACACGGCGCUGCUGCACAGGGCAGCUGCCAUCACCGGGGUCGUCCCGGACUCUGCGGCUGUGGUGGCUGCCGCCUCUCUCCAGCAGCGACCACAGGCGCCGGACCAGGAGCAGCCGAAGCCGGCGCGCCCAGCCCAACUGAACGACGAGCCGCCCCAGCAGCAUGCUCAGGGUGGACAACCCGCAGCGAAGUUGGCAUCGCACGGUAACCACCCAGAACUCACAGGAGUGAUAUUCCGCAAUCAUAAUCGCCAAGAACCGGUGGAAGAGCCAUUCCAGAAACAUCAAAUCCCAAUCAGCUCCGACUCAGCUGGGGCACUGCCUCACCAUACUGUGCCCAAUAGACCGUCGCCACACCAGACACCACAAAAAUCGUCUACACCAGAGGUGGCAUUCUUCCAACAGGCCCCACACCUGGCCGCCAUAGCAGUAGCCCCACCCCCACAUUUCCAACAGAGCUUACCAGAGACUGUGAAGGCUCCAUACCAUCAUGUCCAGCACCAACCCGCACAGACUGUGCAAGCUGCACUUCCACCACAACACCCAAUGUCGGCGCAGCAGUCUGUUCCGCAACUCCAACAAAUUCUUGACCGCCAAACAAGAGCAGAGGUGGUACCUGGCAGGAGGACCCCAUAUCUUCCGUCUCCUGCAGCGGGGCCCAAUCUCCAUCGAGGGUCACCGGUAGGAGAAGAAGCGCCUUCCAGGCAGACUCCAUAUUUUACAUCACCAGCUGCUCUGGCUCCGAAGCGACCUGCUCAACGUGUUCCACAAGUAGUGGAGGCAGAAUCUUCAUUCCUGCCACGUCGAACAGCUGCAGCUCUCAAGGAGCACGCCCACCAUAAUCGUCCAGCGGCGGGGGCCGCUUCGUUCCACCACAUCCACCACAUAGUGCCUGUUGCCGCCACUCUCCCACUCCACCACUUUUCACACCACUCAGCAUAUGUGGGAGCAGCGCCACUUCAACAUGCCCAUCACUCUGCACCUGCAGACGGAGCAGCAUCACAUCAUAAGGCCACUCACGCAUCGUCUGGAGCACACGGUGGAGGCGGCCACGGAGGGUCCGGUGCUGGUGGGAAGUCGAGCGGCGGAUCGUCGGGGAGCGGCGGCUCGUCACACCACCACAAGGAGUCGGGAGAGAAGGGUUCGUCAGGCAGCGAGAAGUCCCAGCAUUCGUCAGUCGUGGAGAAAGGGGGCGGCAGCAGCCACAGCGAAAGCGGCGGGCACGCGUCGCACCACCACAAGCAGGACGGUGGCGCGCACGGCCACAAGUACAAGGGCGGUGGUCACAAAGGCAACAACGCCUUCUCCAAGGGAUACCGCGACAAGUACCACAAGGACGAGCACCACCACCUGGACGACUUCUGGAGCAACGGCCAGGAGAAAGGCGGCUACCACAAGUACGGAGAGCAGGGCUCCCACUUCAGCGAGAAGGGCAAGAAGAAGGAGUCCGCCAAAAAAGCAACGAAGGGCGGCUCGGAGGGGAAGCACGGGUCCGCCGGUAAGAGCGCUAAGGGCCACGCGGCCAGCGACAAGAGCGGCCACGCCGCACACGGGGGGCGCUCCAGCUCACACGAGCACUCGUCGCAGUACGCCAAGAAGGGCGGCCACUCCUCGCACAAGAAGACGUCGGGGGGCAAGCAGUAGGCGGCGUCCUCAAGGGCAACAGUUGCGCCGCCAAAGACUCGCUGUGGCGAGACUCGAGAAGGUUCGAGCAGGGGGUACCCAAGUCCCUAAGUGUAGUGUGAUGUUCUGCAGUCCACUGGCAACUGGAUGGGAAUGGGGAGUGGGGUCAGAGAACGGACUCACUGACGACUUAGUUUAAAAAAGUGUCGUCCCCAAGCCACCAAAACCUGUCGCAAUAUGUCUUUAUUUGGCGGCAUACAGUUUUCUACAGGUCACCUAAAAAUUAACGAAAAUCUGUAAGAAAUAGUACGUCGCGAAAUAAUUAAGGCGAACUAUUGUGUGUAUCAGAUACUCAUGGAUACCUUUACAUCACGUUAAUGGAAGGCUUCUUGGCGUCAAGCACAUAAUUAUUGAGAUGAAGCAGCUAAAUUAAAGAUAAAAAUACAGUAUGCAUAAAGACAUUAAAAACAUAGUUAUAGAUGCAGAAAAAUACAACGUGAGUGCAUGUUAGUUAUAUAUUAUGGCAAAAUAAAAAAUGGCCCGCAAAACUAUUUCAUGCACCUUAAAGUAGGCAAGCCACAUCAUCCACCCCAUUAGCAGAUGUUGUCAGUUCGGUUGCCUAUCUUAAGCUGCAUGAAAUAGUUUUGCAGCCAGUUUUAUUUUGCACACUCUCUACAUGCCCCUGUUGUCCUAUUCGCUUUUCUGCUAGUUACUAAGUGUACAGUUUAACAGCGUACUGCAGUGUUCCACAUACUGUCACACACUAUGAAAAACUGACGACUGAGUCAGCCAAUGUUCGCUUUCAUGUGAUUGCAGCGAUACUGCUUACAAGUUACGAAAAUCGAUGGUAGCUUCAUUAGAGAUGCAUCAAAGUUGACAUCAUUUGAUUCAACGUGAGGAGUGGGGCCGCAACUACACGCGGAAGAUUCUGGAGGUGCAGACUGGUUGACCCUCCCUGACUGUCGUAGGUCCCCCCUUGGAGCUGGUGGCUGGCAGACUGCAAUCCUUCUCACUAGAAAUGAGGAGUACUUACACAGGCUCAGAACGUCUCUGUUUCGUUAAAGCAUCAGUUUUCAUCAGAAAAGCCACAACAAAGCCACAGACAGGUCACCCACAUUACAGCGGUUCUGCCUUUCCGCUGUGUCCGUGCUAUUUCGGCUUUAGUCGAUCUACUUGUCUGUGGAAUGCGAUAACUGUCUCGCCGCCUCGGAGACAAUACUUGUCAUAUCAGCAGGUAGCCUUUAAUGUAACUUUGUCUGGCGGGCCACAAUUGAUCGGUUUCUCCAUUGGCCAUGGAAGGUGUCUAAAUUUUACUCAGCCAUGCCAAGUAAAUUAAGUGCGGUGUAAUAAUACAAAUGUAUAAUAUUUUUAAUGAGAUGCUGCAAUUGAUGAUAAUUAUGUACUUUUCGUCAAGGAAUCUUCCUUUAACCCAAUUUAAUGGUAUCCCCUUAUUUCUGCUGAACCGAGUAGCUCAUCUUAAUUAUUUUGACGUGUACUAUUUCUUGUACAUUUCUGUUAAUAUGUGGGUGACUUGUCGCUCGACCAGAGUUGUUUGUCGAUAAACAAAUGCAUAUUACAGUAGCUUUUGAUAGUUUCGUAAUGCCGUUUUUUAAAUACAUUGAAACUGUGUGGCACUGUUUAGAAAAUGAUCUAGUUUAAGCUCUCGCUAUCUCACCCUAAUGCCGUUUAACCCGGUGGACCAUCAUUCACGAGAUAUCGUCCUCAAAAAGCUGAUGAAUGAAUUUACUAGUCCAUAAAUGGCAUCGGCUUUCGUGGUUGUGAACAGCCUAACUUCUACGGAAUCUGGCUGGCAAGGUCGGGGUUGUGGGUUCCACACAAGUUCCGUAAAACCUGUUUUUUUUUUUAAUUUUGUCAGCGUUGAAAUACGUUGGUGCUUACGACAGAAAAGUAAGGGAAAAGAACGCUGAAUUUGGAGUACAUGCUGAUUUACGGCUGCAAUAUUACCGACUGAAAACCAAGAUUUCAGAAAGUUAAUGAAAUACGUUUCCCUCCUCAGUUUAUUAAAAAUUGACUGUAACUGUACAAUCUUCAUGGUGCAAGGGCUGUAGUCGUCCUAGAAACAUUAGUAACAAACCUGUAACUUGUAAAUCGUAACAGAAUAAAUACAUUUGUAUGUGUCUACAAUGUAAGUUGCUAAAGAUGAAAUCAGUUGUUUUUAUCUCAUUGUCUUCGAUUGGAUGCGGCAGUCAACUGUCACCAAAAGUGAAAUUAGCACAAGAACAUAAAAAAAAUGGGAAAAAAUAUAACUCGCCAUGCACUAGCAUCGAACCCACGUCCAAACAUGUACUACCCAAGCACCUUACGCAGUCAGCUACCGCACUGUUUCGUAGACAGAAGCGGUUUUAUCGGUUAGUAAAUUCAUCUCGUCCGCUUUUCGAAGACGAUAUCUGCUGAAGAAAGGCCUACCAGGAUGAUCACUUUCAGGGUGAGACACCUGACGCCUUUAACUACAUCACCAUUCAGUCCGUUCUCCGAUCAUCAUCCCCGAAUCCCCCCC